AUGAGACAGCCGAUCGACCAGGCGUCCCUGGAGGGCUAUCUCGAGCGGCACGUCCCUGAGAUCAAGGUCCCGAUCACGAUCCGACAGUUCGAAUACGGCCAAUCCAACCCCACAUACCAACUGACCGACAUCCACGGACGACACUUUGUUUUGCGCAAGAAGCCCCCCGGGAAGCUUCUCACGACCGCGGCGCACCAGGUCGAGCGCGAGUACCGCGUCAUCAGUGCCCUCAACAAGGGGGCCACCAACAUCCCCGUACCAAAGACGUACUGCCUGUGCGAGGACAGCGACGUGAUCGGGACGCCGUUUUACAUCAUGGAGUUCCUGGACGGGCGCAUCUUCCAGGAGGCUUAUAUCCCGGGAGUAUCCGCCGAGGAAAGGAGGUUGAUGUGGAAAGCCGCCGUGCAGACCCUCGCGCGCCUGCACGCCGUCGACCCAAUCUCAAUCGGGCUCACCAACUUCGGCAAACCAGUCGGGUUCUACGCGCGACAGAUCCGCACGCUGAAGCGUCUGGACGAGGGCUAUUCCAAGGUGGUGGACGUCGCGUCCAAAGAGGCCGUGGGCCGGAUCCCGGGCAUGGACGAGAUGGUGGCUUUCUUUGAGGACGAGCGGUACGCACCGCAGGAUCGGGGAGCCAUCACGCACGGCGACUACAAGAUCGACAACCUGGUGUGGCACAAGACCAAGCCGGUGAUUAUUGGGAUUCUUGACUGGGAAAUCGCCACCGUCGGCCACCCCCUCUCAGACCUGUCCAACCUAACCAUGCCAUGGACCGUGACCCAGAACUUCCCAGAGAUCAAGACGCACUCGCACCCAGCGUUCGCAGUCGACGGCGGCCCGCCCGGCCUACCCACCAAGGAGCAAUGUCUGGAGUGGUACAGCGAGGUGGCGCGGUGGGAUCCGCGGCGCGAGAUCGUGUGGGCCGACGCCUUUGCCAUCUUCCGCACCAGUGUCAUGAUCCAGGGCAUCGCCGCCCGGUACGCGGUCCGACAGGCGAGCGGCGAGGGCGAGUCGGCGGCCGCUCUGGCGCUUCAGAGGUUUCCCUACGCGCGGGCGGCGCUCAGAAUGGUCAGGGAGUUGAGUAACGGCGCCGGAAGCGAAAGGGGCGACGAAAAGGCUGUAGCUGUGGGGAGUUCGAGGUUGUAA